CCUCUCCCAUUUUUUUGGACGGUCAGUGUACUCACCAUCAUGUACUGCACUGUAUUUGUCUGUGCAAAAGAAGCGUCGGGCACAUCAAGCGAAGAUUUGUUUCUCCAUGGUACUAACUGUUUAGAUUCCUGAUAAUCUGUAGCUGCUGUGAACGUCUUCACAGUUUCAAGAUCUUUCCAUUUUUUGCUUCAAAUUCUCUUGGCUUUGGGCCAUCGCGGCCCCGGGUAUUGCGAUCGUCUGAUAUAUAGCGACCGUAAAACUUUGUGACGGCUUCCCAUUGUUGAGAAAAAAUGGAAUAGAUGUCCUUGUGUCACGGAGUAAAGGAACGAUAAAUCUACUGUCACAGAAGAUCUGGUUCCAUAUACGCAAUGGAACAUCCUGGACAGGCAGACAACGGUGAACGGACAAUCAGACCUCCGGAAGCUGUUGGGCGCAGAGGAGUUGGACGUGGUCAACCGAGAAACCUUGCGCUUGUUAAAGAUGUCCCGAUGAGAGCAAACUAUCCGAAUGUACGGGAAUCCGUACCAGAGAUAAAUGCCUGCCUUGCGGGCACGAGUAGCUCGUACGACGCGCGAAGCUCGGAAACUGACAAAGAUAAAGAAGUGGAGAAUCCGUUUAAACAGCCGGUAAAGUUUCGAGAAACAGGACCUAUCAUCAAGGCAGUAUUCCGGAAGAUGGAAUCAGAGAAUGCCCAGUUUCCUUACUGUAUGAAUAAGAUGUUUACGACAAUAAAAGGACACUUGAUAAGGCUGAAUGAUUUCAAAUCUGUAUCUGCUCUGCUCACGCUUAUCCGUGACCAUCAAAGCAGCAUUGUGGGCAACGUCGUUCUGGAUCUCGGUUGCGGCACCGGUAUUCGCAGCGUUUGGUGUGCCGCUCUUGGCGCGAAAAUGGUUAUUGCGGCAGACUCGUCACCGUUUGUAGGACUGGUAUCGCAGUUAGCAGUGGACAACAAGUUGGCAGAUCGAGUGAUUGCAUAUAAUACCGGCUCUUUGUUGAAUGCGGGAACGGCUUCCCCCCUGAAACAGCUGUUAUCAUCCGUGGAUGUUAUUGUUUGUGACUGGUGCGGUCACGGCUUUUUCAGAGGGAAUCUGGUGGAUCAAAUAAUCUCUGCAAGCUCGUUUUGUAGUAGGACACCUUUGAUUCUACCGUCAGUGAUUCGCCUUUCCAUUUGUGCUUCUAGCAGUGAUGAGUAUCAUCGCGAGACAAAGCGAUGGAACAACGCCUACAAUAUCGACUUCUCGGGGCUCCAGGAGAACGAUUUGUCCACUCCGAUAUACGGCGGAUGGGUCGAGGCACAAGCCAUAUGCAGCACAAGCGAUGAACUAUAUACGUACGAUCUACAUGGACUGGUGUCGCAGCCGGUUCGAGAUUGGGGUUUUACUUCGGAAUUUUCACUUCGUCCACAACAAAUUCCACAGGGAUUGUCAGUACCUGUCACUGCUUUUGUCGUCCAUUUCGAGAUUUUGUCCGAUUUCGGCAAAACUGUGAUCCUGUCGACAGAACCAUCCGAAACUCGUUCUCGUUAUGGUCACUGCAUAUUGUGUUUGGCCAACCCUCCUGAUUUCGGCAACCGUAACGAACUAAACGGAAGGUUCACAUUCAUCCCUCGAAGCGGCAAUGACCCGAUGUUUAUACUCGAAUACGCAGUGGAUAGCGAAGAUGUCCAGUGUGUCUAUUACGGAAUAGAUCCGGAAGUGCCGUUUUCUGAUCAUAGUCGGAAAUGAGAGAUCGUCGUGAGCCAAGGUUUUGAUCGAAUGCUGCAAGUACUGUUAGCUAACUUCGACUCCAGCAAGCAAACCAGAUUCUGGGUGUUAAGCUGAUGUUUACCUGAAAACGGUUGGUUAUUCCAAGUCUAACGGAUCAGAAACAUCGUGGGAUUCUUGAGCUAGUUCCAAUUCUGUUUUCGCAUUUAAUGCGCUGUUAGAGCCUGUUUCGUUUUUUUCAAAGCUUCAGUGACUUUUAUUGCUUUCUUUCAUAUUAUUUAACUGUCUGUUGUGCGAACUGGAUGACAUGUCACCGUAUCUGGAGAGUUAAGGAAUUAAUAGAUAAGGAA